GAACGUAUAUCAGGAGAAGUGGAGAACACAUCCAGAAGCAUAAACGAAAAAUGGAGCUACCUAUCCACUCUUCUUGUUUCGUGAAAAGACACACACCAUCUCUUCUCCGUCCGCGUCUGCAAUUCCCCACCCAAAUCAGUCUUACAGUGAGGGUUGAAUCAUCAGCACAAGAUGAGAGUACAAAUGAAGGAAUUGAAGAGAGUUCCUUUUUGGCUCCUCCCAAGAAAUCAACUGAAGCAGGACUUGGCUUCGGCUCUUCUUCUCCUUCUAAUGGUAAACUCAGAGAAAAAGAGGGUACUGUAAGUAAUAAAAGGAAGGGUAAGAGAAAUAGUGAGAGGGCUUCUUCUAUAAUUCGUCUAUCCCCAGUAGAGAAACCCGCUUUUCUCUCCCAGCAGCAGGGAGAAUCUCAGUCCGAGGAGCAGAACAGGAACGAGAGCGCUUUUCUACUCACUUGGUUGGGUCUCGGUUCCCUUUUCCUCGUCGAGGGUAUUCUUCUUGCAGCAUCUGGUACGAUUGUUAAUUUAUUUUCCUUAUUUCCACUUAGGGUUUUUAUUUAUAUCAUAUUUUGCGAUUUACUAUCUCUAAUCUCUGUUUUGGGGAUUAUUGUUGUUGUUAAACACAAGAUAUAAAACACUACGCUUCAA